AUGGAUAAAUCCGCAGUUGGUGCUGUGGAAGAGGUUCCACAAGAUAUCAAAGAUGAGAUGGGCCGACUUUAUAGUGAUAUUCCAGGACUCGAAGAGGACUAUGAACUGAUAGACAAGAUAGGGGAAGGCACUUUCUCAUCCGUAUACAAGGCAAAGGAUUUGAAGGGGAAGAUAUGCCGCAAGUAUGACACACAUUUUUGGUCUCUGGGAUCCAAGUAUGUCGCGUUGAAGAAGAUUUACGUCACAUCGUCACCUCAGAGGAUUUAUAAUGAGCUAAAUCUACUCUAUGUGCUCACUGGCUGCACUCGAGUAGCUCCUUUAUGUGAUGCCACAAGGGUACGAGAUCAAGUUAUUGCUGUGCUGCCUUACUAUCCGCAUGAAGAGUUUCGCAACUUCUAUCGAGAUCUGCCGAUUAAAGGCAUUAAAAUGUAUCUAUGGGAGAUGCUUCAAGCCUUAAGUUUUGUGCAUUCCAAAGGUAUCAUUCAUAGAGAUGUUAAACCUACUAAUUUUCUCUAUAAUCCGGAGCUUGGUCGUGGAGUACUAGUGGAUUUUGGUUUGGCCGAGUUGCAGGUCGAUUACUCGAAUGAACUGGCUGAGAAAGAUAAUUCAUUCUCGAUGAAGGAUCGAAGAAAUCAAGAACAGUUUUGCCCAUGUAUACUGCGAGAUUUCACUGGGGCAUCACCACAUCAAGGUGCGACAACACCAAUGGUAACGAUUCAAAAUGGUAAAGUGGUGUACUUGAAUAAUGUUAAUGGCGUGGACUUGACGAAAGGAUACCCCAAGAAUGAAACACGACGCAUCAAGAGGGCUAAUAGGGCAGGAACCCGUGGAUUUAGGGCGCCAGAAGUGCUGAUGAAAUGUGGCUCUCAAACAACCAAGAUCGAUAUCUGGUCAGUUGGUGUGAUACUAUUUAGCUUACUGGCAAGAAGAUUUCCAAUGUUUCAAAGUCUCGAUGACACGGACUCACUAUUGGAACUUUGUACUAUCUUUGGCUGGAAAAAGAUUCGUAAAUGUGCCGCACUCCAUGGACUUGGGUUCGAAGUUAGUGGAUUGAAAUAUAUCAAAGAGAAUGGGCCUGCUGGAGAGCUGAAAGGAUUUGUCUACGAAUUGCUCGAAAAAGAGUGUCAAACGGGUACACUCCCAGAAUAUAGCAUAGCAUUUGAGACUUACGAAUAUCUGUCGCAGGAACUACACGAUAAGCGAUCCAUUGAGCCACGUCUUCCCGACGUUGAAAGUACACCCGAGGGACCAGAAGCCUAUGAAUUGAAAAAAUAUCAAGAAGAAAUAUGGUCAGAUCAUUAUUGGUGUUUCCAAUUACUUGAGCAAUGUUUUGAGAUGGAUCCACAGAAACGUAGUUCCGCUAACGAACUACUGCGUAGUGCAUUUUUCAACGAAAUUAAUGAAUCAGGCGUUUACACGGAGAUUGAAAGCACCGAUGAGGACGAUUCUGACAGAUCAGAUGGUUUCGAUGCUGGUGAGAACGACGUGGUACUGAUAUCUGGCUAA